AUGAAAGCGAAGUUCUCUUUGCUCCAAUGUGUGAGAAAAAGUGGAAGAGAGAGAUCAUUCUUGAAGAAUGGAAGCAUCUUACUAAAGGAUCUUAUUGCUUCUUGUGAUGGCAAAUCUACUCCUAUUCGUUAUUACUCUGCUGCUGAGCUCGUUAGGGCUACCAACAACUUCGAUCCUUGUUGCAUUGUAGAAGAGGCUUCAUUAUACUACACGAUGUUCAGGGGUGUUCUGGACGACCAAACAAUUAUCGUUAAGAAGUACAUCAUUACAAGGGACUGGCCCGACAAGGAUGAAGCUAGGUCUUGGGCUAUUCGUGAUAUUGUCAUAUCAAUGCAGAUGAGCACACAUAAGAAUGCUUUGAAAUUAUUAGGUUGCUGCUUAGAGUUUUCUCUCCCAGCUCUGGUGCAUGAAGGUGCAGCAAAAGGAGUUCUCAGGGAUGAUGGAAGUUUAAGCGGGGAUAACGAAAGUCAAUCCUUGUUACCAUGGAAAACUAGACUGCGUAUUGCAAAGCAGCUUGCUAGUGCACUUACAUAUCUCCAUACUGCCUUUUCGAGACCCAUCAUUCAUAGGGGCCUAAGUUCCAGCUGCAUUUUUUUGGAUGACGACUAUGUUCCAAAACUCUCCAACUUUUCUUUCUCCAUAACCAUUCCUCCGAAGCAAUCCCAUGUUGAAGAAGAUACCUUGAAAUGGACAUGGGUAUGCUGA